UUAUAUAUAUAUAUAAUAUAUCAGCCGACCAUAUGAAGAAGUAAGAAUAGUUUAUUUUAUGCUAUGUACCGCUUAAUGUUGAAAAUGGCCACAAAAAAUAAAAAAAAUAAAGAAAUGUUUGAUAGAACUGAAUUUUCAGCAUUACUACCAACAUUGUCAUUAAAAGAGGUCAUGAAACUGAAAUUUAGAGUUGACAUCACAAGCAAAUGGGAAGCGAUGGCUAUUUCUGAAGACCAAAUUAAAAAAAAGUAUUUAUGUAAAGUUUGCGAGGUGUUUCAAUAUGGCGAUAAAAAUCUGAUUCAGCAUCUUUCUGGAAAGAAACAUUUUUGUAUGAUGGAAUCGGUGACGCAAAUUUAUUUGCCAAAGGAAACUGGCAAUAAAAUUGCAACAAAAAUUAGCAAACCUUUGAAAAAACAAACAAAUACUCCAAGUGUGGAUACAAAAGACAGAGAAAAACCAACAGAAAUCGUCGGUGAUUUAAAGAAAAAAACAUUGCCUACUAUUCAGCCAAAUAAGACUCAAACUAAAGCAGCACCUACCAAGCCAUUAACAUUAACAAAACCAGUAUCUAAAAAAGUAGCUGCUGCUAAAUCCACUGUCCUUAAUGUGGCCAAAACAGAUUCUAAUGAGAACACCGUCGCUACCAAUAAUAUUUCUUCUAAGGAACUGGUUGCGAUGACAAAAUCAAAAUUGCCUAUUGAUCAAAAAACACCGUUAGCUAAAUGCGAUAACGAUAAGGAAAAACCAGAUAUUGAAUUAGUUCAGACUACGAAAAAUAUAUUGCAGAAAUCUAAAGAUAGUUUACUUCAAUCUGCUCGCAAUAAAUCAAAGCCAACCAAAGAAUGCGAAAAUGAAUUGGAGCAAAGCGAGAUUUUCGAAUCAAUUGAUUUAGAUAAAAUUUCGGAUCAGAGUGAUGUUGGUAUCGUCGAAGAAGAAAUGUCCGAAGACCCUGUAAAAAAACCAGCUUUGAAAUCUUCAGCUCAAAUAAAUGUGGUAGUAAAUCCACUCGCCUUGGUAAAGCCAAAGCCAACAAAAAUUACUUGUGUUCCACUAUCGAAAUUGAUAACUGUGAAAUAUCCGGAGAAAGUAAGUGAGAGCAAUGAUGAACACAAAAACGAUGAUAUUGAUACUGAUGUCGUGUUAGUAGCUGCCUCAGAGCCUUUCAAAAAAGUCGACAUUUGCAGCCAAAAAGAAUACAAACUUCAUAAAAAUGACACAAUUGCACCGAGCAGCAGCUCUGAAACGGAGAAGAAGGAUAACAGAAAUCGUUCCAACUAUCUUCCAACAUUGUCCGCAGCCGUAGCUCAGGGUUCCACAUUUGAGUCGCCAUCAAAUGUUAGCGAAAUCCUGGGACUUUUGGGAGUUGAGUACGUUAUCAAAAUUGUCAAAUUUAUGAAAGAUAAAGCACCAAGAUUUCAGUGCAGCUUAUGUGACAUUACUACCGAUGAGAUCUCAAUGCAAAACCAUCUGAUUGGCUACAAUCACCGCCUAAAGUAUUGCGAAAAACAUUUCCCAACCGCUAUGCGCCAGAAUAAACAAUAUAUUGCACAUAUUCCGGAGGAUAUGGUCUUCAAAGUGUUAUCGCCAAUAUUAGAAAAGCUGGCGAUGGCAAUUGAAAAACACCACGGCCGAGAAAAGUCCUACCUUUGCUAUGAAAACUCUUUUAGUAAAAAUCGACAAAGCAUUGUUUCAACAGUUUUUCAUCGCAGACACGCAUCCGAGGUGGUUGGUCCCUCAUUUACCCAUGUUGUCGAUUCAAAGGAUGUGGAUAUCUUGAUUGCAAAUGCUAGCAAGAGCAACGCUAACACGACAAACGACAAAACGACAAAUGUAAUUACAUUUAACAGCCAUAUUAAUUUAAUUGCGAAUCAAAAUCCCAAAGUGUAUUAUCCCAAUUCCAAUCACCAGCCAAGAGUCGUCGCUGAUACCGUUGAUGAUGAGACGCAUAAGCGAAUGGUUGAUAUGUUCUUAAGGGACACGCGGCAGACUACUCAACCCAUGCAUCGACAUCGUCAAGCGUCGAGAAAUUUGAAACGUAGUCGAUCAAGAUCGAACUCUUCUGAGAGAAAGCGAAGCCGAUCGACGAACCAAUUAAGCAUAUCCCAAUGGGACAUGAAGCGUAGAUCGUUGUCCCCAUUAAAAGAUGGUGAUAUUUGGCAGGCCUAUCGACAUAUGGUCGAUCAUAGUGUGCGGGAAUUAAAUGCAUCAUUUGAUUUAUAUAAAUCCGAUCCCGAAACACAUCCUCUCUAUAAUGAGGAGUGGCAAAAAUUUUGGAAGAGGCGCAGGGAUGAGCUCAUUGCUGCAGGCAUAAAUCAUCGAACUUACAAUUUUCAAAAUGAAUGGAUUUUGUUUUUCAAUGCUCGCUUAGAGGAACUCUACAAUCAAGAUGUUGAGAACAUCAAAAUGAAGUGCCGCGAAAGGUUAUGUUUGCCAAUGACCAACUCUGAAUUAUCAAACCCAAAAUAUCAUGUUCACAUUUCUGAUAAUCCAUCGGACCACGUUAGUCCGAAUGAGACAAAUGAAAAUGACUGCGAGAAUAUUGCUAAACCUAAACCCAAAGAAACCACAGAAGACGUAAAUGUAAUCCAUGUACUUCGCCUUUUAACUGCAUUGGAGGAUCAUUUGGGAAGUUUGGGGCCGAGUAUCACGGAACUAUUGGCUAAGGCACUGCAAACGUUUAAGUUGCAUCCGAAUAGGGCAAACAUUUUACUGCUCACAAAUGAGAAUUGCGCUAUCUUGGAAACAGCAAAAGAAAAGUUUACAGGUCUAGUAAUUUCGAAAAUCUUAGAGCCUUCUCAAGAACGUGCUUUGAAAAUGGCAAUUAACGACACAGAACAAUUACUUAAAUAUGCGACUAUAAUACAAGCAGAACAAGCAAAAGUCAGCAACAUAUCAGAGCUCAAUAAUAAUUUUGAUGAGUCCCAGCACAAAUCUUCGAACAAUAGACUAAAUACAAAAUUCUCGUUCAAAAACGCAGAUCUGCUCGAUAAAACUGAACUUGCUGCUAAGCUAGCUUCCUCGCUGAUCUCACAGGGAAAAACUAAAAUUAACCAAGCACAGCUCCAGCAAAUAGUUCAAGUCUAUUCGCAUCUUGAGCAACAGAAACUCCAGGAUGUGACAACAACAACAACGAAUAAAAAUAGAAUUGAUUCACCAAAUGAGACGCCUUCCCAAGGAAAUAUCAGCAAUAAUCAUUUUGAUUCACGCACAACGAUGUUUGAGCAGCCAUGUCGGCAAUCGCAGAACUUUAAUUAUAAUAAUAAUCUUGCUGCUUUUGCCACAAACUACAACGAAUUUCCAAACUCUAAUUUAUUAAGUGGUACGCAUAACAAUGAAACUAAUACUAAUUACUUCACUGCAAAUAUGGUACGCCGCAAUAACGGAGGUAGCAUUCACAUCAAUCAUAUGGAAUACUUCCGCAAUAGACAGCAGCAGAACUCACAGCAGUACAAUCAAUAUGACUACGAACAUUUUGACAGUGGAGAAUCAACUGGACAGCAGAAUUACGAUGUGUUUCGCAACGACAAGAACUUUUAGUGUCAUCAUGGAGAGAAAUUAUUAUUUUGGUCCAACUGAUACUAGUACUGGAGGACAAAGAAAAACUGUGUCCACGGAACCAAACUGGGGCUUAGAAAUAAUUAUUUUUUAAGCUUCUUAUGAUAUGAAAUCAAACUUGUAUUAAUUGUAAAAUGUAUAAAAAGAUGUAUCUCUUCUCUAAUGUACAUACAGUUAUAAAUACUAUUAUUCAUUGAAAUAUUUAUAAAUACAUUAUCUGAAAUGAUUA